AACACAAAGAAGAAGAACUCCGUAAUAUGGCGCAAGCGCAUACGCGUCCUUGCUGUCACGUACUUCUGCUAUAGCCCCAGACACGACCUACACAACGUUGGCCCGUCAACCCUGCAAAAACAACCCGCCUGUCCAGGUACAGGAGGGCAAUUGAUCAGAGCCCAGAGCAGUGAUGUACAGAGCUGAUAUUAUGAUGGGGCAUCAGGGCGUGCACUGAGCCGCUCAUGGCUGUCAGCACCAUGGACUCUGAGUCAACCCGAACACCUCAACCCAGGGCUGGCCUGACGAAAGGAGGCUCCUCCUUGUUGCCUGCUGGGGUUCUCGGCGCCAGGUUGGGCCCUCAAGGAAAACACUAUGUCUGUGGCUCCAUGGCAGCCUUCACCAACAUUUUGGUGACCUUCCCCAUUCAGAAAGUGCUGUUCCGCCAGCAGCUGCAUGGUGUGCUGGUGACUGAGGCAGUCCAACAGCUACAGAGGGAUGGGCUGAGGAAUCUGUAUCGGGGCCUCCUCCCCCCACUGCUCCAGAAGAGCACCACAGUGGCCAUCAUGUUUGGCCUUUAUGAGGACUUCUCCCGAGUACUGCACGGCCAUGCUUGUGGCAGCGGCGUGCCGGAGCUCGUCACACGAAGCUUUGCCGCAGCGCUGGCAGGAACCGCAGAAGCCACCCUCACGCCGUUUGAGCGCGUUCAGACUCUCCUUCAGGAUCAUCGGCACCAUGAGCGCUUCAACAACACCGCACACACCUUCCGGACACUUCUGACCGAGUACGGCAUCAGAGAGUGUUACCGCGGCCUCGUACCCAUACUCCUCCGUAACGGUCCCAGCAAUGUGCUCUUCUUUGGCCUGCGGGGGCCCAUCAAGGAGCUGUUACCAGAAGCUACUAACAAAGUGGGUCACUUGGUUAAUGAUUUUGUCUGUGGAGGGGUUUUGGGAGCAGCUCUCGGCAUUAUGUUUUACCCAUUAAACGUGGUCAAGUCGCGGGCUCAGUCUCAGGUCGGUGGAGCCUUCCAGCCGUGUCGGAAGGUGCUAUUAACAGUGUGGAGGGAGAGGGGGGGCAGCGUGGCCAUGCUGUUCAGAGGAGCCCAUCUCAAUUACCACCGCUCACUGCUGUCCUGGGGAAUAAUCAACGCCACCUAUGAGCUGCUGCUGAAACUGUUAUGAAAGGAGGAAUCAACAUGAUGAAAUGGAAGAAGCAUUUAAAGCAACGUCAGUCUGAAGAGAUGGGAGGUGUGUUGAAAGAGAAAGUAAAGUCCAUGCGGUUGAUGUCUGGCUCUGUUAUUCCAGGACUGAGAGAGAAGAGAGAGAGAGAGAGGGGCCAGCUGCGAGUGUAAGAUAACCACCUGCCAAUGUUACUUUUUAAUGUUGUCCUAAUAAAAUCAAAAUGUACACUUCAGCCUUCACGUAAUUUGUGCCAGGGUCCAAAUGGUAAGCCCUUGUUUGGUCUGUGCAGGAGUGUUUUUUUUUUUUUUACAGCAUCACUUGAUUUUGUUCACUGUUUUGUAGGAAAAUCUGUUUUCUCUCUGUGUGCUGUGGAGUUUAGAAAAUUACAUCCCACCAUUUUGACAAACAAAAGCGCUUUCUUUCAAGCUAAACUGCUGCCUCUUAAACACUUUAGUGCUUUUGACCAUUCAAAUGUCCAGAGAUUAUUCGUGAACAAGAGAUUCACAGACUUUUGCCUAUUUAUUUCUCACCAGCCACCAACUGAAAGCUUAUGCUGGAAAUAUGAAAUUUUUAAUGUUUAUGAAAUUUCUCUGCCAAAAUUAGGACACAAAAUAUUAAAAUGGCGGGGAUAAAGCUGACCUAAGAUUCACCUGUUAGUCAACCAGAGAUCAGAAUCAGCCAAUUUUCUAAUGAUCAGCUCUGGUUGGUGAUCAGCAGGUUCAUCAGCAGGAUGUCUUUGAAUUUAAACAAGCUACACCCAUAUUUGUUUUUGUUUUUUUUAUUUCUUAGGAAGGAGUUAAAUUAUAUUUGGACUUUGAGUGCAGCUUAAAAGAAAUCCAGUAAUUUUGUCGUGCACCUUUGUUCCUUUAAUUAAUUUUGAACCAGUUCUGUAAUGCUGAUUAUUGGAAAAAAAAGUGCUUACUGUCAUCAUUUGAUUCUUAAACCUCUUCUGUUUUAUCCUGCUAAUAUUUUCUCCUCUCACGCAUGCUCUCCUCUCUGUCUGUAACAUCUGUUGACAUAAUGGGCUCAGAUUUCAAGCUUGAGUAGUUGCAGCCACCACAGCACAGUUCUGAGCAUGUUCGACGGCCCAAAGAGGAAAGGCACGUUGCUUGGACAUUUGAGAGGCUGAAGAUUAAUGGCGGAGAGUGAAGACUGGGACAGAGGGUAAUCUUCGGUGGCACAAAAAGCUCAAGCUGCCAUGUAAAAUGGACUGUUUGCCCUAAUUUUUAAGACCGUUUAGUUUUCCUUUAACUGCCUGCAGUGUUUAACUAAUGAUUUUUUUUCUCCUUUCAAAAGAAAGCUUUUGUAUUCCAGUUUUACUGAAGAGUUCCUCCCGCCGGUAUUAGCGUUGCUUGUAAUUGUUCUGAAAGUCAGUACAUUUCUCUAAAAGUGUACAUUCAUUCAUUGCAGCUACGUCAAAUCUUUAUCAAUAAAAGGACAAUUUGUUGCA